GUCCGGAUAGGAGAAGGUUUACAAACACAAUUACCCAGAAGCAUGUAUCUUCAAAGGUUGACACAAAUAGAGGAUGAUGUGUUGGCUUCUGGCUGCAGAGACGAGGCUCCUACUCCUCAGGUAUUGAAAAAUAUCUCGUGGGAAGUACGUAAAAAAAGUCGUCAACACAGCAAUGAGAUCCGGAGCCUGCAGAUUAUGGUUGAACAAAAAACAAAUGGUCCAGAUGAAGUUCUGCAGAAGGUAUUUUUGCACCCAAAGGGUGUUAUGCUAUGGUCCAUAAGGGGCAUUGAGAUUUUUCAGGACAGAUGCCGGGAAGACAUUGUGUAUCUGGAUGCUACAGGCAGCAUCAAAAAGAAAGAGAAGGGUUCUCCUCCGUUCUAUGUUUAUGAGGUGGUGGUCAGAAAUCCACAAAAAGGUUCAUCUCCCUUGCCUGUUGCAACCUAUCUUACUUGUGACCACACCACAGCCUCUGUAACAUAUUUUCUUGAGGCAUUCCAGACUGAUGUUGCACGGACCUAUGGAAGAAAAGGCAUGAGGGUACCCAUAAUGCUUAUUUGUGACGGGUCAAUGGUAUUAAUGCAGGCAAUAUGUUCAUCAUUUGCAAAGAAAAAUCUGCAGGAUACCAUGAACCACUACUACACCAUUGCAAGUGGAAAAGCAACAAAAGAAGACUUUGAUUUACCAAUACUUCAUCGCUGCCUCAGCCAUGUCAUGAAGAAUGCCAAAGACAUGUGCAAGAAGUACGCACCAAACCACUACCACCUCUCUAUGCAUGUGUUUGGGCUCUUCACAACAGCCAGUUCUUUGCGAGAAUUGGAUGACAUGGUGGAAAGUGCUGCUGUAGUGUUUUCCAGUCCAUACAGUGGGCCCAGUGUUGAAAAACAUUUCAAUAAUUUGCAGUGUUGGCUGCAAAAUAAAGGGUUCCAUCUGGAUGAGACGGCUGUGUACCACAAUCAAAAACGUGCUGAAGACACACAGUUUAUCAAGGGGAGCAACAACUUUGGCAGACAUUUCAAGGAAGUAAUUUCACAAGCUCCACUUGAUAUGGAGAAUGGGGAACCCAACCUGUAUUUCUGCAAAGGUCUCGUGUCCCACAUUUCGAAGUUCCUUCUCCCAUAUGCUGCAUUGUGGACUGGCAUAAUGCUAGGUGACCUUGGACGACACGGAACAGGACAUGUAUACAAGGAGUAUACAAAGAGAUACAGAGUCCUGAAACAAAUAAAAAAACAAAACAUAACAGAAGACAAUAAAACUCAAGGAAUAAUGGAAAAGAGCCAGUGGGACCUAAAACAUAUCCGUUUUAGGGGAUGCAGGCUCACCAGAUUGGAUGACUUUGUUGUGAAGUACCAAGCAGCCCACACUGCUCUGCUGAAGGAGUAUGAGGACAGUAAACGGGUCCUUAAAAAAAAGACAUACAGAGUGCAACUUGAGAAAUGGAAAGAGCGUCAGCAGAAAAAGAGGGGGAGAUACACGUCUCCAAUACGCAAGCCAUUCACUUUUAAAAGUGCUAUCAGAAAGGAUGAUUCCCCAGUGUCUAAGACUUCCAUUGGAAAAGCCCAAAAGAAGAGGCAGAUGAAAGGCGAGAAAAAGCCAGAGAAGAGCCCAGAAGAACAGCUCAUCUUCUUGUGGAAAAAAAAAGAGACAGAGGUUGUGGUGUCUGUAAUUCAAUCCCAGAUCAAAGGGAACAAUUUCAUCAUCCACCACAGUGAGCUGCUUUCACUCCAACCUCAUCAGUGGAUUACAGGGGAGAUCAUUGAAAGUCUUUUACAUCUGUAUGCAAGUGAGACGGGAAAUACAGCAUAUGUAAUGAAUCAUUAUACCACCGGUUUGAUUCUGUUCGGAGAAAGGACAAGGCUUGCUCGACACACUUUGCCAAAGGUGAACUUCGACAAUUACCAGACAAUUGUCUCAUUUGUAAAUAUAGAAAACAGCCAUUGGAGGUUUCUGUACAUUAACACUGUCAACCAGACUGUAUAUCUGGUCGAUCCUGCCAAAAGCUUUACAGAGCAAGUGGAUUCAAACAAAGCAGCCAAAAAGUUCAGUGAGUACCUGAAAAUAAGAAGAACAUGCUACGGAAAAACAGAAUGGGUGGACAUGAAGUGGAAGGGAGGAGUUCUGACCCAUCCUGUUCAGCAAGAUGGUAGUAGCUGUGGUGUUAUUGUCAUCAAGAUGGCAAGGGCAGUGAUGGAGGCCUUUCCAGCUGUUCCAGAAAUUUACUUCGACACAUCCAAAACCGAAAUGGCCAAAGAGAGAAAGACAAUGGCUCUACAAAUCUUACAGGAAUCAGGGUUUGAUUCAGAAAAUAACUGUUCCAUGUGUUCCAUGGCAAAACCCCCUGGAUCUGGGCCACCAAUGACAAACUGGAUCCAGUGUGACACGUGUUUUCGUUGGUUCCAUGAGCUCUGCCUAAAUAUGGACACCGAGAAACUCAUUCAAGCCAGGGCAAGCAUUUGGAACUGCUGCUUAUGUGUAGUGUAAAAAACUCCAGUCCAAAUAUGGAUAUGUACAUAUGUAUGUAUGCAUUUAUUUUUUGUAUGUAUGUAUAUAUAAUUUGUAUGUAUACUUUCUGUAAAUAUUUGUAAGUAUUAUGUACAUAUGUUAUACAUUUGACAUUUAUUAUUGAUAAAAAAAUUAUAACACUAUCUAACUUUAUUGCAUGAAUCUUUUCUAAUGUUUA